GGUGUGGAGUGUCCCUCCGCGCCAGCCGUAGCGGCGCCCGAGGGGGCGGGGCUAAGAGCCGGGUGCGGAAGUGCCCGCGCGCUUCCGGUCCGUGAGCAGACACUGUCGUUGUUGGAGCGCUCUGAGCCCGGCCUGGAACCAUGCCUCGCAAGAUUGAGGAGAUUAAAGACUUUCUGCUGACAGCCAGGAGGAAGGAUGCAAAGUCGGUCAAGAUCAAGAAGAACAAGGACAAUGUGAAGUUCAAGGUGCGCUGCAGCCGGUAUCUGUACACCCUGGUCAUUACGGACAAGGAGAAGGCCGAGAAGCUGAAGCAGUCCCUUCCCCCAGGUUUGGCCGUGAAGGAGCUGAAAUGAGCCAUUCGCACGUUGGUUCCUCUGUGUUUGUUACAAUAAAAACCUUGAACUGUU